AUGCAUCACUGCAAUAGACCCGGUCAGUCGUCUGCUAUCAUGGUCCCGUUGUUUGACCAAGCUGAUAUCAAUAUUGGCAUCACACUACAGCACGCCAAUUAUGCUUUCAUCGCUAUAGCAUGUCUUUGGGUUUACGACUUUGCUCUCACCCUCGAUAAAGAUGCCGCGUUCAUACUGGACGCUCCAUGGCGAAUACCCAAACUAAAGUAUCUUACCUGCCGGUACUUACCAUUUGCAUUGAUCGUUACCGAUAUGCUUCGAAUCUCACAGCUUGGACUUUCCCUUAAGUCCUGCGAAACUUUGUUUGCGUUCAGCAUAUAUGUUGGAGGAAUCGUAAUGGUUUGUGCAGAAUCACUUUUUAUGCAGAGGGUUUGGGCGGUAAUGGGUCGCAGAUGGCUCAUAACGUGUUGUAACGUUGUGCUCUUCCUGGUCCCAGUGGCGGUGACACUUACAUUAUCCCACUCUUCUUCCACAAUCAUGCAGUCACCUAUUCCAAAAGUCGCAAAUUGCUAUGAUAGCAAGCAAAGUCUUAUUGUCAUCGCAGCAUACGUUGUGCUCGUCAUCGUAGAAAUAGAAAUCCUCAGUUUCAUGUUAUACCAUUCGUGGAAGCUUUAUAGAGAACAUGGAAACGACAUCCCUCUUGUACGGGUCCUGGUCAGACAUAACAUGUUUUACUUUGCCUGUGGGCUUUUAUUUUCCACCACGGUCGCGGUCGUGGUGGUUACUCUUCCUGCAUCGUACGGAGAUGUAGCAUCAACUUUCCAGGUCGUGAUACACGGAAUACUAGCGACACGCAUGCACCGCGAGCUGUACAACACAGCUCAUCACACUGAAGAGAGUUCCACCGGGAAUGUGUCCCUACCUCUUGUUUUUGCACCAGCCUCGUCGGAGAUGCAACCUGUUUGUAGAGGUCCUUCGUCUCCUCAUCCUAGAGAAUACUAGACCAAUGAUUUUUAGAUAAAGAAUUCG